GGGUGGUGUCUAGCCAUUUACCAACCAAUAGCAGUCCUCGAAAUUCAACCAGCAAUUCGAAGCAAAAGCGCCUGCGUAAGUCAACAAAGUUUCCGCAUAAAGUUAUGGGCUUUGAAACAAUUCCCAGAUCCUUUGGCCCAAAGUGUUUCCAAAAUUUAGUUUCUUUUCGCUGGCCCCCAACUAAGUCGCAGAUUUCUGCUCGAAAGCAGCAACUUUAUUGUGCAAUUAUCGGUUUUAAUUGAAUCCAUUUCUCGGCUUCACGAUGGCCAAUGUCAGUGUCAGUGGUGAAAUUGCUGGUGAAGUGGCUGCAAAGCGUCCUCGACUGGCGGGCACUUCCAAGGGUCCCAAAAUAGUUGAGCCCCAAGCGGUCAAGGUCGCCAAUCGGGUGCCCAAAUGUGCCCGCUGUCGCAACCAUGGGAUUAUUUCGGAGCUACGAGGACACAAGAAGCUGUGCACCUACAAAAACUGCAAGUGCGCCAAGUGUGUGCUGAUCUUCGAGAGGCAACGCAUCAUGGCCGCUCAGGUUGCCCUGAAGCGCCAGCAGGCCGUGGAGGACGCGAUUGCCAUGCGGCUGGUGGCCAACAAAACUGGCCGAUCCAUUGACACUCUGCCGCCGGGCAACAUCUUCGGUCUGACCGUGACCCAGCCCAGUUCACCGCAUCCCAAGCGGGAAGAUGUGCAGUCGGAGAAGCUUCUGCUGGAGGAGGAGAAGCAACCGGAUCAACAGCAGGAGGAGGAGUGCAGCGAACCACCGGCGGUGGCCCAGGAUCUCAGUGCACCCCGGCGGGAUAACGUCUCCCAAACGGCCAUCGAUAUGCUGUCGCAGCUCUUUCCCCAGCGAAAGCGAUCUGUCCUGGAGUUGGUCCUCAAACGCUGCGAUCUCGACCUGAUCCGGGCUAUUGAGAAUGUCUCGACCUCGGGCAGAAACACACCAGUGGAUGUGACCAGCAACCAGUUGCCAAGCCAGGAGACAGGAGUAGUUCCCAGUGUGCCGCAAAUCACGUCCAGAAGCAGCGCCUUUAGGCCUGUAAUAACAGAUCAGUACCAGAGCAAAUCGAUGGUGGAGUUGAAGCCGCCGGUCUUUGGAAGCAGCGCCUCGUCGGCGGCUGCCGCCAUUUGUGCCUACCCUAAGUGGUUUGUGCCGCUCUCGUUUCCGGUGACCAUGGGCCACCUUUCCAACCUGGCACCGCGCUGCACCUUGCCCAACUGCGCCUGCUUGGACAGCUACCAGUUCCACUAGGAACACCAGCACCUUUAUCACAAACUAUUGUAUUGAAAUAAAUUUAUUUAACCUAA